AUGAAUCCCGCCCAGUUUCCUAACCCUGGCGGGGCCAUGCCCGGCGUCGUCAAACCGGGCAUGCAGCCGCAACAGAAGGAGGGUGCCAACAUCAUCAUGGGCCAUGUCGCUCAGGUCUUGUCGAACCAGGGCCCUUUUGGUGGAUGGAAGGCCGAAGUUCCCAUCAAAACUAGAGCCAUGAACGUGUAUCAAAUGAUUACCUCCCUUCGUCUAAUUCAGCCUCGAAUCGAUUUACAACAAGCAGCGCAGGCGGCCUUGAGCUUCGAACAAAAAGCCUUCCAAAAGGCGACUGAGAAGAGCGAUUACGAAAAAGAGUGCAACGAAAAACUCCUUCACAUCAAAGACACCCGACAAAGACAGGCUGCCGUUGCCCUCCAAAGCGGCAUGAUGCCGCAGGCAGGCGCCAUGCAGAACCAAAUGCAGGGUGGCUUUCCUCAGAUGAAUCGCGCGAUGCAGUCGUCCCCCGUUCCUGGCCAGCCCCAGAUGAGCAUGGGCAUGGGCAUGAAUGACCCCAGCCAGCAACAGGCCCUCAUGCAGCGCCAGCAACAGCAACAAUCCGCCAUGCUGCAGCAACAACAGCAGCGACCGGCUCAGCAGCGUGCGGGCAAUGCGCCCCUCCCAGAUGACUUGAACAACCUGUCUCCGAUGGACCUCGAACAAGUGAUUCGACUUGCCAACCAGAUGCUGGCCAAGACUUCGGCCGAGGACAUGGAGAAAAUCAAGCUCAACCUGUCGAACAUGGGUCCCGAUCAACAAAAGUAUUUGGCUUCGAAGAACAUGGACCCCAUGACCUAUUUCUUUCGCUCGCAGGCUCUGAACCAGCUCCGACGACACAAGCGCGCCAAAGAGAUGGCCGGGAUGCCCAACGCCGGCCUUGAUCCGAACGGCGCCAUGAUGGGCGAUCCUGCGACCAUGAACCCUCAGCAACGACAGAUGUUCCAGAACAUGAUGAACCUGCAGCGCAACAGUGCCUUCGCUGGAAACCCCGGACAAGGGCUCGACUCAAACGCGUUUAUUGGUAAUGUGGAGAACAUUCAAGGUCAGCAAGCCGAUGGCCUACGUUCGCAGGAAGCAGGCCAACUCGUGGUCCCUGCGAGCUCGUCGCAGAUAAACCAGACGCCUUUCCCCAACAACCAAAACAUGUUCAGCCAGCAGAUGGGCCAGAACGGCCAGGCGAACAUGAAUGGCGCAGGUGUCAACCCGCAGAUGUUCAACCCGCAGCACAUGCAGCAGACUGGAUCGAACGGUCCCCAGGAUCGUAUGCAAUUCCAAAACCAACAGUCCCAGCAGGCGCAAGCCGCUCAAGCCCAAGCUCAGGCUCGGGCCCAGGCUGCCCAAAAGGCCCAGAUGGCUAUGUCUGGACAAAAUGCCCAGGCGCAGUCGCAUUUGGGCCAGGGAAGCCCAGGUAUGUCCACGCUGAACCAGCCCAUGGCACCCGGUCAAAUGUCGCCCAUUCAGAUGCCUGCUCAAUCUCGUCCUCCGUCCCGAGCCCCCAACAUGGGCCAGCAACCUGGAGGCGUUCAAGGGGGAGCGUCUCAGCCCGGCAUGCAAGCUCGACCUCAGAUUCCUCCCGGUGUUCCCCAGCAGAUCGCCGAUCAACUGAGUAUGAUGUCCAAUGAGCAAGUGCAGGCAUACUUUGCGAACCAGCGUCGUACCGCCCUGGCAAACAACAUGCAGCGGGGAAAUAACCCCAACCAGCAACCCGGUGGCCCCCAGCAGACCAUGGGGCAGCCAGGCCAGGCCCAAGGGAUGUUCAAUGGCCAGAUGGGAAAUAAUCCUCGGAUGCGGAACUCGAUGAGCAUGCCCCAAGGCAUGGCCGCGGGAGGACCUCAGCAAUUCCCCGGUGGUCAGCAACUCACCCCCCAGCAGCGAGCGAUGUUGCAGCAACAGCGGAGCGACAUGCAAAAGCUCGCACUGCUCCGUCAACAAAAUAACGGCAUAGAGAUGACCCCCGAACAAAGCAAGGAAAUGGACCGUGCCAGUUUCCCGGCAUCUCUUCUGAAUCAGAAUUCCGCUGUCCCGAAACACAUAAAGACCUGGGGUCAACUCAAACAAUGGGCUGCCGCCAACCCGCAAAGCGCAACUGGCAUUGAUAUGAGCAAGCUGCUGACGCUGCAAAAGCUUCACUUUGGACAAAUCCUGAAUGUCCAACAGGCGAAGAAUUCGAACGGUCACGGCCAGGGCAUCUUGACCAACCCAUUCCAACAGACGCCCCAAGGCCAAGUUCCGAAUGCACAGAACUUCCAACCUGGUCAGCCGCAGCCUAACGGCAUGCCCCCAAUGCGACCGAUCACGGCCAAUGACAUCCAGGUGGCUCGGGCGAAGCUGGGAGAUAAUGCGCCGCAGUACACCGACGAACACAUCCGCGACCUUCUCCGAAGCCGCCAGAAGGCAAUUAUCAUGCAUUCUGUCCAGCAGCGAGCCCAGGCACAGGCCCAACUGGCCGGAAACAUGCCGCCUGGUCAGAACCAGGCCAUGCGCCAGCCGCAUAUGUCCACGUCCCAGAACACUCAGCCGGUCAAGCCCCCUACGAUGGGUCAGCCGCCCCAGACGAGUGGUAUCGAAACCCCAACAUCUGGCGCAAAACCCCAGGCUGGACCUGCCGGCGGAAAGGGCCCCAGGGCAACUCCUGCUGCUGCUGCUGCCAAGCAGAACCAGAACCAGAACCCUCGGAAGCGCCCCAGUACUGACGAAACUGGAGCUGCUGUCGCUGCUGCUACUACUUCUGUCGCCAGCUCUGCCCAGCAACCUCAGCCUGCCACAACUCCCGCCAAUGCUCCGCGACCCAACAUGGCAUUCCCCAAUGAACAAUUUGCGACAAUGAACCCUCAGCAGCGAAUGCAAGUUGAGGCUCACAUGCGACGCCAGCAACAGAGCCAGUUCCGCGGCCCGGUCCUCAACAGGGCCGCUGCGGAAGAAGCGUGGAAUAAUAAUCUCCCGCCCAAGAUUAUGGAAUACUACAACGAAAUCUCAAAGAACGUUCCCAUGUCCCAGCCUCUCCCUAUCCCUCCCGACCAGAAGGCGGCCAUGACUCAGCUCCUUCGUGAUUCCCUGGAUGUUCUUGGUCGGCUUGAUCUGCUGGUGAUGCAUGCUUUCGGCAAGAUGCAAGGACACGAGAAGAAUGUCAGGAACCUUCUGGCUAUGCGCGUGCAACUGAUGCGACAAUUCAAGCCGUCACAGGAGUGGAUUGUCAAUGAUCAAUUCACUAUCACACGCGACUACUUGACCGGUUCUAUCCUCUUCAUUCGGAAGCUGUUCCAGGUGAUGAUGGUUCGGAUGAGCCAAAGCAGAACCAACAACGGAAACCAGGCGCAGCCCAACAACCAGGCAGCACAGGCAAAUAAUAAUAAUAAUAAUACGCCACUGAAUGCCUCCAACCUUCAGCAGCUCCAGCAGCAACAAGAAGAGGCUCUGGAGCGCACCCGACGCGCUUCCAGCCACUCUGCUACGCACCCGCCUGCGCCGUUUGGCGCACCUUCCCCCCAGGGAGUUCCGCACGUCUACGGACCUGGUGGCCUUCCACCGGAGAAACUCAAGCUGCCACCGCCCAAGAAGCGAAAGCAGUCGCACACUGGUGGUCCAAGUGCCUCACCCAUUCAAGCUACCGCAACUCCCACCACUGCUGCCAAGCAGAAGCAAGCCAUGGCGGACGCGAAGACUGCUGCCCCCGCAGCUCCCGUCGGUGCUUUCAAGUGCAGCGUCGUCGAGUGCCCGUUCCAUUUCCAGGGCUUCCCCACCCAAGCUGCUCUAGACAACCACGUCGAGGCAGACCACCAGCCCGAGGAAGAGAACAUCGAAAAUCCUCUCGAGUGGUAUCUCGACGCUGUUUCCAGCGGUCUUGGCCUCGGCAAAGAUGGCCAGCCCAUCAAGAAGUACACCCCGCCCGCUCCUUUGGUUCCUGGUCCGCCUCCGGGUAUGAACAAGACAAAGAUUGCUUCCCCAGGCAAGAAUGGCCUUGCGACUCCCGUUACUGCGAGCAGCACCCCGAUGGCACGUGCCACCAGUCAACUCGGCGCCAAGGGUGCCUCUCCGGCGACUCCAGCGCAGCAACUCACGCCCAAUCAAUCCACCAAGAACAUCCCCGACCCCUCUCCCAAUAAGGACGCUCAGAAGACGCCGGCUCAAGACAAGGCACAGAAGGAUCCAUGGGCGGAUUGCCAGUUCUCUUUGGACGCGAUUCAAGAUGCUGUCACGCCCGUCAUCACCGAGUGCCGACGCCGUCGUCUUGGCUCCGAUCCGUUCGAGGAGUUCAUGAACGCCGACAUGUUCACUCAGGACCAGACCGAAGAUACCCCUGACUCGUUCGACGCCGCGCUUGCAACUCUGACUCCUGAUGCAAAGCCUGAGGACGAUGCGCUCCCGAUGGUCGGCUUUGAGCCCUGGGAUGAAGCUUCUGCGACGGCCACUAAUGAGUGGAUGAACCUUCCAGAAGACUUGAUCAUUCGCGAUGAGAACGAUCCCACCAAGCCUUUCGAGGUUGAUUGGGAUCUCGUCGAACGUCGAAUGAAGGAGAACAAUGAUGAGAUUGUUCCGGCGCAGCCGAUCAUUCGCACGUAUUGA